CUUGUAGCCGGGCAUUGUGAUUAAUUGGACAGGGGCCGCGUACGUGCGGGGGGAGGGCGGCGCGCGCACGCAGCGACAUGUUAGUUUGCAAUAAUACUUCGGAACGAGAACACGUUAGUGCAUUGAGUACUACUCGCAAAAGGGCGGCAUACAUGGAAAUGAUAGAUAUGAAAAGACGCUUUAACGAAGAAAUUCAUAAAUUAAAAUUAACAAAGGGGAAAAAUACUCAGUUAUUUUCUCGCGAUGAGUAUUAUUCAUUUUUAAAGAAAGUGCAAGUGGCAAAAGACAAGAUCGCAGGUAAAACUCCGGAGGAAUAUCAGCGAUUGUCGAGGUAUGACAUAGUGAAGAUCGGAACAGUUAAAAAAUUAAUCGUACCAGUGAAAAAUGACAAUGAACCAAUUCAAUAUUACUGUUAUUUGGAAGAAAAGUUUGAUAUUAUUCACGAAACUCACAUUUCUAUCGGGCAUAAAGGUAGAAAUAGGAUGAUGAAAGAGCUCAAACCGAAGUACAAAAAUAUUACUAAAGAGUUUGUAGCGUUGUAUUUGACUUUGUGUGAACCAUGUCAAAAAAAAUUAAGUGUUCCAAAAAAGGGGCUGGUGGUUAAGCCUAUAAAAAGUAGUGUUAAAACCCACAAAAACUCAUCUUGCAGGAAUAAAUAAUUCUAAACUAAAUAACUUUCUUGCACAGUCCUUAAUUAUUAGAUAUUUCUGUUGUUUUUUCUCACUUUACUAAUUUUUAAAUUAUUGUUCUUAAGUAAUAUUUUUAUCAAAAUAAAAGUAUGUAACUACUGAUGCUAUUACAUUUUUAACUGUUUAUUUUUUAAUAACUAUGUUCAAUAUUUAUUUUUGUUAACUUUU